CUGACAGACGCGGGGCCGCCGGGGGGAGCGCGCCUCGCAGCUGAGGGGCCGGCGCGGGGAGGCGGGCGCCAGGCGGGGGUUCGCCCGGCCGCCGCCGCGCGUGACGUAGCGCCGGGCAGGGCGUUCUCAGCGGCGGGGCCCGCGGACGGCGCCGCCGGGGCCGGGACGGCUGCAGCCCGCGGGCCACGAGCGCUGCCGGCCGCCGCCCCCGCCGCCGCUGGUGUCGCGCCGCCCGGGCGGCAUGAGCCCGCGGCCGCGGUGCUGAGCGCCCCGCUCCUGCGCCCCGACCAUCCCGGCCGUGGUGACGGGUGCCCGCUGCGGGGCCGGGGGCCAUGAAGCCCAGUCCGGCCGGAGGGGUGGCGGCGCGGGAGCUGGAGCCGCCGGCGCCGGUCCGGGGCGAGCAGCGCGCGGCGGAGCCCGAGGGGCGCUGGCGGGACAAGGGCGAGGCGGACACGGAGCGGCAGCGCACCCGCGAGCGGCAGGAGGCCACGCUGGCCGGGCUGGCGGAGCUGGAGUACCUGCGCCAGCGCCAGGAGCUGCUGGUCCGCGGCGCCCUGCGCGGCCCCGGGGGUGCGGCCGCCGCGCCCCGCGCCGGGGAGCUGCCGCCGGGGGAGGCGGCGCAGCGCAGCCGCCUGGAGGAGAAGUUCCUGGAGGAGAACAUUCUGCUGCUGCGGAAGCAAUUGAAUUGUUUGAGGAGGAGAGAUGCUGGUUUGUUGAAUCAGUUGCAAGAACUUGACAAGCAGAUAAGUGACCUGAGACUCGACGUGGAAAAGACCUCUGAAGAGCACCUGGAGACAGACAGCCGGCCCAGCUCAGGGUUUUAUGAGCUGAGUGAUGGGGCUUCAGGAUCCCUUUCCAAUUCCUCUAACUCGGUCUUCAGUGAGUGCUUAUCCAGUUGUCAUUCCAGCACCUGCUUUUGCAGUCCCUUGGAGGCAACCUUGACGAUCUCAGAGAGUUGCCCCAAAUCUGCAGAUCUCAUAGGAUGGUUGGACUAUACAGAAGGCCACUGUGAAGACCAGGCCUCAGAGGCAGUUGGCUGUUCCCCAUCCACAUCACAAUUUAAUCCCCUUGGUGUCAUUGCAGAUGUGAAUCCCAAGUACCAGUGCGAUCUGGUGUCUAAAAACGGGAAUGACGUCUAUCGCUACCCCAGCCCGCUCCAUGCCGUGGCCGUGCAGAGCCCCAUGUUUCUCCUCUGCCUGACAGGCAGCCCUCCGAGGGAAGAGGAGAGGCUGGGGAACCACACCGGUGACAUUUGUGUCGGAUCUGAGCUGGACGCCAUCAAGACGGAGGCGUCUUUACCGUCUCCGGGCAGCGUGUGGCCUGCUCCCCAUCCCUCAUCCAGCAAGAAAAUGGACGGCUACAUUCUGAGCCUGGUGCAGAAGAAGACACACCCGGUGAGGACCAACAAGCCCAGAACCAGCGUGAACGCGGACCCCACCAAGGGACUUCUGAGGAACGGGAGCGUUUGUGUCCGGGUGACUGGGGCUGUCCCCCAGGGCAAUCCUGGGAACCUUAAGAACAAACAGGCGCCUCUGCCCUCGGUCCCCUCCUUGGACCAUGGGACGACGUUCUCCCCACCGAAGCAGUGGUCUAAAGAAUCGAAGGCAGACCAACUGGAAAGCAAGAGGCUGCCUUUGCCCGAGGGCUGCAGCCCGCCCGGUGCCGCCUCUGACCUUCAAAGCAAGCACCCACCCAAGCAUGCCAAGCUGGCCUCCCAGGAGCAUGGGCGCGGCCCCACUGCCGGGACAGGAGAGGCCCCCAAGGAGAGCAGCCAGGUCCCAGCUGCCCCUCCAAAAGAGAGCCCGGGGCGAGGCCUCGCCCCGCUGCAGGAGAACAAAGUCCUGCAGCCCCUGAAAAAGCCGGCACAGAAAAGCAGCCUGCAGGCCGCCCCUCCACCCGCACCCCCUCCUGCCCCGCCCGCACCCCCAUCCUCAGCUUUCCCCUCCGCCGUGGAAGAGCGGCCUGCCCUGGAUUUCAAAAGCGAGGGCUCCUCUUCUCAGAGCCUGGAAGAGGGGCCUCUGGUGAAGGCGCACUUCAUCCCUGCACCCCAGCCACAGCCGCCGCCCGGAGUCCGGCUGCACCGGGGCCCCCGGACUGCAGCGCCCCCCAGAGGCUCCGCCCUGAAGCACCGGGCGCAGGCCCUCCACAGCCCCGAUGGCGGCGGCGCCCUGCCCACCGUGCGGGAGAAAACCCGUGCGGCCGGCAAGAAGUGCCGGUUCCCCGAUGACACGGAUACAAAUAAGAAACUCAGGAAGGUGUCCUCCGCCCGGGGGAGGAGGAGCGGGGGCGCCCACGGCGACGCGGGUGUGCCCAGCCGGCCGCUGGGGGCCGCGCACCGGGGCCCCGGGAGCAGGGCGCACGGCCACGGCCACGGCCACGGCCACGGGCACCACGGGCGCGAGGCGGUGGUGGCCAAGCCCCGGCACAAGCGGACGGACUCGCGGCGGUGGAGGGCGGCCGCCGAGGCCUCGUACGAAGAGGCGCUGCGGCGGGCGCGGCGGGCCCGGCGGGAGGGCGCGGGGCUGUGCGCGGGGCCCGUGGCGCUGCCCUUCGCCGCCGCCAGCAGCCCCUACGCCUAUGCGGCCAGCGACUCCGAGUACUCGGCCGAGUGCGAGUCGCUCUUCCACUCCACCGUGGUGGACACGAGCGAGGACGAGCAGAGCAACUACACCACCAACUGCUUCGGGGACAGCGAGUCCAGCGCCAGCGAGGAGGCCGAGUUCGCGGGCGAGAGCACCAGCUCCAGCGACUCGGAGGAGAGCGGCGGCCUCCUGUGGUCCCAGUUCGUGCAGACGCUCCCCAUCCCGGGGGUCGCGGCGGGGCCCCCGGACCUGCACCGCCGCGGCAACCCCGCCAAGACCUUCGUCAAAAUCAAGGCCUCCCACAACCUCAAGAAGAAGAUCCUCCGCUUCCGCUCCGGCUCUCUGAAGCUGAUGACCACGGUGUGAGGACCUCUGGUCGAAGGGAAAGGGGACGGCGUCUUAGAGUUUUUGGGUGUGAUCGUGGAGUUCGUUCCCUUUGGCGAAGAGGAAUCCCAAGUACAAGAACAUCCCUUCUUCAUUAUGUAUGGACACACCGGUGCCUUGAAUGGAAGGUGAAGAGUGUUUUUGCUGGUUAGAAGUCAGUAAUGGAGGUUUUUCAAUGGUGGUGAAAAAUGCAUACAUAAUUUUUGUGUAUGUGUGUGUGUGUGUGUGUGUGUGGUGAUGGUUAUUUUAAGUUUUCCUGAGCAUCUGUGAUGGUUUCAUUGGGAUGAGACUUUUUGACCGGAAGGUCAGGUAGAUGGCAUUUAGGACAUACAUUUGCUCCUUGGUUCUUUAGGGCAGUGUCUCCGGGAGGGCUUUCUUGUUGAGGGGCAGGUAUCACAUUACGGUGUGAAGUAGGUAUGAGGGAGUGUGUUCGUUUUCUCUGAUUUUUUUUUUAUACAGUCUUAACAUUUCUCAGACAGUCAUACGCUCCCAUUCUGCCGUCUCAGAACUGUGUGGUUGGUUUACUAGACUCAGAACUUGAAGACCAGACCCUAAAUCCAGAGAGCUAAUAGUGACUUGGAUAGAGAGGCUGGUAGUACCCUCGAAGGGAUUCACUAAACUUGUGCCUAGGCCCUGGUUAGGGUAACCAUUUUUAGGGCUGUUUGAUCCAACAUUUUGAUGCCUUUUUUCCUCCCUCAUUUGCAGCAAAUCCAACCAUUCCUCCCUUGGAGGACUUGCCUUUUGGAUAAAGUUUUGGUCCGUGGGUACAAAGGAAUUCACUCCUCAUGAAAUAACCUUGGGCAUGACUGCAAGCCCACAAUUGCUCACUGAGCUCUGUGCCACCUAAGCCUUGGCCCACACAUGUUAGUGCAAUCCAGUCCAGAUCGGACCACUGACCCUGUCUGGAAGGAAGGGCUUAAAAAAAAAAAAAAAAAAAAGAAUUGUUUUUGAUAAACAGUAUUGUGUAAAAUUGCUUUUUUAUACCGAUACAAGCAUGUUUUGUGCAUGAGUAGUAUUUGUUUUGAUAUUCCUGUUGAUGUUAAAUUACUGUGUGAUAUAAACAGUAUGUGUUUUUAUAUAUCAUUGUGUAAAUUUAAUAUAACAUUAUAUGCUGUAAUAAAUGAUUUGUUUUACUGCU